AUGCGCCCCGGGCCGCCGUGCGCCUGGCCGCCCAGCGCCCGCGCCGCUCUCCGCCUGUGGCUGGGUUGCAUCUGCUUUGCGCUGGUGCAGGCGGAAAGCCCCUCGGCCCCCGUGAAUGUCACUGUCAGGCAUCUCAAGGCCAACUCAGCAGUGGUGAGCUGGGAUGUCUUAGAAGAUGAAGUUGUCAUCGGAUUUGCCAUCUCUCAGCAGAAGAAAGAUGUGCGGAUGCUGCGCUUUAUCCAGGAGGUAAACACCACCACGCGCUCCUGUGCCCUCUGGGACCUGGAGGAGGACACUGAGUACAUUGUGCAUGUGCAAGCCAUUUCCAUCCAGGGCCAGAGUCCAGCUAGCGAGCCGGUGCUCUUCAAGACCCCACGUGAGGCUGAGAAGAUGGCCUCUAAGAACAAAGACGAGGUGACCAUGAAGGAGAUGGGGAGGAACCAGCAGUUACGGACAGGCGAGGUGCUCAUCAUCGUGGUAGUCCUGUUCAUGUGGGCAGGUGUCAUUGCCCUCUUCUGCCGCCAGUAUGACAUUAUCAAGGACAAUGAGCCCAAUAAUAACAAGGAAAAAACCAAGAGUGCAUCAGAAAAUAGCACGCCGGAACACCAGGGUGGGGGUCUUCUCCGCAGCAAGGUGAGGGCGCCAGGGUGGGCAGCCCUGUGGUUCGUGCACUGGUCGUCCCUGGACUAUGGAAGGGGCUAUGGCAAAGCUCUAGCGAGAAGGGUUUCCAAACAAGUCCUCAGUGAACAUCAUCCAAGCGUGACUGCCUGUCUGCAGUGA